GCAAUCAAUCAGUCUUCUUCAAAUUGAAAGAAAAUGCGUCCAUUGAUCUUGAUCUUUUUUGCCAGUGUUUGUGCACUCCAUAUUCAAUUGUCAUUUGCUGAUGUUGAAGCGGAGUUAACAAGUUUGUUAACUGCUGGCACCACAUCAGCUGUGCUUAAAAAAAUCAACGCGCAAUUUCAAACGAAAUCGGAGCCAAAAUCGGAUGGCAAACAUUUUUCCGCAUUAUUUUCAUGUUCUUCAGUUGGUUCGGUUACUUUGAAACCCGGUCUCAGCAUAAAUUCCAACCUAAAUCAACUUAAAACAUGCAUCAGCAAAGUGUCUGACAAAGGUCUCAAAUCGAAGUUGAACAUGUUUUAUAAUGCGGUCAAUUCAUUCUCAUCUAUGAUACCAAAGGUAAAUAAAGCAAUGGCGGAUGGAAAAUCUUGCUGUCAAACAUAUCAAACCGCUCAGGAGAAAUAUUUGGAUUCAAUCAAAUCAAAUGAAGCGAAACUUACACAAGUUUUAGAAAAAAUUGGACCGUUCGAAACAAAACUAUUACACUUUUUUGUUCACGUACCAAACGUGGCCAACAUUUUAAGGCUGUCAACCGAAAAUUAUUUGGCCGAGAUUACUGCAGUUAUUACCAAAAUAAAUCUGUUGAAUAACUCAAAACCGAAGGAUCAAAAAACGCAUAUAGCUGAUUUGAAUGCAUUGAUGGACAUUUUUGCCAAAGAGGAUAUGAAAGUGAUUAAAGUUCUUAAUGACGAUGUCACUAGAAUUUCUAUUGAAAAAUGUCCAAAUAUUAAGGCAUUCUAUACGGGCUUGUAAAUAUUGAAAAAAUCAAAAGCGAACGGCAACAGUGAAAAAUUUGUUGAUACAACAUUUUUUUUUGUAAUUCAAGCUCGAUAAAAUAAAAUUGAAAAUUGCUGAAUUGAAAAUAUGUUUCCUUAUCAUUUGUUCAAGCGUUUUGAGAGCUGGGUCUAGGGGCUUCCAUCAGUCGUUCAUACAAAUUUAUACACAAUAUUCACGUCCUAUUCAUCAUAUAUACGAUUAAAAUUUCUUGCCUAUACCAGUGAAUAAGGUGGUUUCUAAACUGCAGUGUAGCAAACACACAGAAUAGCUACACAGAAUCGAAGAAGAUCCGCACAUAAGAGAAUGAAAA